UAAUAGCUUUUGCAGUGGGUCUUACAAAGAAAACAAAUCCCACCUCCAAUCCAAUUGAAAUAGGAUUAUCCUACCUCCAGGAUCUUACUGAUUCACAUUACCUUCAGGAAAGGAGGAAAACACUGGAUGGCUUCCAAGCUGAAGUCAGCCAAGAUUUACACUGUGCUCCAUUUAUAGGGUAAAGCAGUGUAUACUGUGGCUCCUAGCAAUCUGUCCAGCAGUCUAUUGUAGUUCAUACAUAAUUAACACACAUAACUGCCAACGAGUGUAAAGGCAGUGCAUAUAAAUCAGCCUUAAUCUCAGCAGGAGGAGGAGCAGGGAGAGUCUCAGAGCUCCAGUCACACAGUAAAGGGCUACAGCAGUGUGUUAGUGUGAAUCUGUUCGUAGUUUGAUUUUCCUACUGGUUGUUACACUUUUCCAGUCAUACAGGCUGGGGGUCUGUGGUGGAGAGGAGGCUGAGUGACGGGGGGAGAUGGACGGGAGCUGGCCGCAGGAAGAAGAGCUGGUCGAGGGUCAGAGAUGCUCUGGCAGACGUCGGUCAGGUGUGGAUAGACUGUGGACAGAGGUAACCAGAUCAAUCUCAGGAGAGGAUGAUGGGACGGCAGAGGCCUCAGUGCUGGCAGCACUGCAAUGGAUACAUGAGUCUGAGGUAAACACAGUCUCAGAACACAGGUUGAAUGAAGUGGAAAAAAUACUGAAGAAUAUAAUCAGCAUGUCCCAUAAGUAUUCCCAGUCUGAGGCAGCGCUCACAUUUUUCCAGUCAGGCUCUCUUGACUUAGUGCAGCCCUUUUUUCAGAGUCCCGUCACAGUGGCAGAUAUAUGGAGUUCUAAUGGAUUCUGCUUGGCCAACACUGAAACUAUACUGUAUGAUGCGCAUUUAACAAACAUGCGUGAGAAACCAAGGAAAAGGUACCAGUUGCUGACAAGGACAAAACCGGAGGGACUUGACUGUAAUGCAGAAACUGACACCAGACACCAGGCCGCUGUCACUAAACCCCAGAACUACCUUUCUAGCUUGUCCUUCCUCCAGCCAGAGGCCUGUGAGACCGACAUCCUGGAAUAAACAUAAAAUGGAUUGCUUUAGCCUUUUCCAUUCUUACUCUGCUGAUAAUAAAUGAAGAGGAAGAAACUCAGGAUAUAAAAUAAGGGCUUUGUCUUGUAGAAUUUACAGUCUCAGCAGGAAUUAUAAUUUUAGCUGAAAUCACCAUACUUUACACUGUACAGUACUGCUUGAAAGUUUGUGAACCCUUUAAAAUGUUCUUUAGAUGAAGAGAACCAAAUAAAAAGGAAACGAGACAAAAAUAUUAGACUUGAUCUAAUAUUUAUUUAUAGAGGAAAAUUCAAAUCCAAUAUUAGAGUGGUAAAAGUAUGUGAAACUUUGUUUUCGGUAUCUGGUGUGGCCUGCAGCCCAACAUUCCUGCUAACUGCGCAUCACCUUGAAAGAGUUUUUCACUGUACAUAUCUUACUGUAAACACUGCUAAUGGCUUUAUAACUAGCUGAUGCCGAAUGGUGUAAACUGCACACUGAAUUAUUGUACAUUGGAAUUUGAAUACAAAUCAAUAAACUUUAAAUUUCACAAA